CACUUCAUCCCCCGAGUAAGACUGCCUUGUCCACUUAUCAAGAUGAACCAAUCACAUUCUAGAAAGAUCGAAGGAUAACCUGUUGAAGUGGCGCUGCUGUCGUUUGUUUUGCAGUUUCAUAUGAUACGUACGUCCAUGCGAAUUUGUCUGCUUUACAUUGCGAAAUUUGCAAUUUUAUUCGGUUUAUUCAAUGCGGAAGUCCCUUGCAAUGUUGUGUACAAACUCUAUAACCAUCGUGGCACAUGCAAUUAGUAUAUAUUGCUCAGAAAUUUUGCGAAGUUAAAUAUAUUCGAAUGCAUAUCGUUCUCUGACAUGCGAAACGAGAAUAUCGUCAACAGGUAAAGUUUAAGUGCUAUGAUUUUCCUUUUAAGAGUGGAAAAAAGUAACACCGAUGCUACUCUUCAUAGCGGUAUCUAUCAUUUCUCGUAAACUGAAAUCGUUUACUGGGAUAUUUGUAGCGAACACAGCAUUUUUAUGUUUUGUAGAUAUUUUGUUAUGAUAUCCAAGAUCUUUUGCAUCUGUCUGUAAAAGGAAGUACGUUUAAAUUUGCAUACUUUGGAGUGAGUGAACAUCUGGAAUAUGUGUGCGUUUGUAUUUUAUAUUUAAGAAUUUAAUUAUACUUUAUGGAACUGUCUUUAUGGAUGUUCAAGCAAAUAGACCUGGAAGUAAUGGACAUGUCUGUGACUUGAAUAAUAAUACUACGGUUUUUGUCUUUUUUUUGUCGGCCCCGUUUAAAAUUCAAUCAUCCUGAUGUUUUGUAAGGUAGUAAGGAUGCAAAGUCAAUCAAAAUUCAUGCCAUGGAUGACAAGGAUGAUUACAGGAGGUACACAUCCCGGUACAAGACUGAGAAAAUUUUACCUUCACGAAAGAUCAAAGAUUUUAAGAAAUCUGCAUAUAUUCAAUUUCUUCUUUGUCAUAUAAGGAGCUCUGUGUGUGUGAUGAUACAACUAUACAUUAUGCACAAGUCUAGAAAUCUCAGCGAGAAGAAACGUCGAGAUCAGUUCAAUAUGCUUAUCAACGAACUGUGCUCGAUGGUUACUUCAAGUAACCGAAAGAUGGAUAAAUCAUCCGUCCUACGGUCUACCAUUUCUUUCCUCAAAAGUCAUAGUGAGCUAUCUGUCCAAUCGCAAAAUGUGAAAGUACAAGAAAAUUGGAAACCUUCCUUUCUGUCAAAUGAGGAGUUUACUCAUUUAAUGUUAGAGGCCCUUGAUGGUUUCAUAAUAGUUUUUUCAUGCAAUGGCCAAAUCUUGUACACAUCUGAAAGCACAGCUUCACUUCUUGGAUAUUUACCUAGCCGCAUCUAUUCAUCAGUAUUUGAUAUCAUUCAUGAGAUGGACAAAUCUUCAUUGUAUAAAUUAAUCAGUAAUCCGCCUAGUGCAUCUAAUUCUGUAUCCAAAGAUUCAUUUAUAUCAUUAACUCUCCAUAUGAAACGUGGACCAGUUCAUUCGCAAGGAAGUACUUCAUAUGAAUUAGUUGAAUUGCUUGGAACAUUUUAUCAUUGGCCAUCAUCUUAUGAAGGUUCCAAUCCAGUUGGUUUUGAUUGUGAUAGCAACAGCUGCAGUAGCAUUUGUUCCAUGCCAUCAGCUGGAGGAGAGCUUCGAUCCUGCUUUGUUGCUGUAGGUCGUCUUCAAACUCCUCAUUUGUUGCGAGUUGUUAAUUUAUCGGAUGAAACUAAAAAUGAAUUCACAUCAAGACACAGUCUUGAGUGGAAGUUUUUGUUUUUAGACCACAGGGCACCUCCUAUCAUUGGAUAUUUACCUUUUGAAGUGUUGGGUACAUCUGGUUAUGAUUAUUAUCAUGUUGAUGACUUGGAAAAUAUAUCUUCUUCCCAUGAGCUUUUAAUGAACACUGGUGAAGGAACUUCCUGUUUCUACCGCUUUCUCACUAAAGGGCAACAGUGGAUUUGGCUUCAAACUCGUUACUACAUUUCUUAUCAUCAAUGGAAUUCCAAACCAGAGUUCAUUGUCUGUACUCAUACUGUUGUAAGUACAGAGAAAGUGAUGAAAAGUAUGCAAGAAACGCCCAAGAGGUUUUUAAAGAAAGCUACUUCAAAUCACAACUCUUCACCUACUCAAAGUGCCUGUCUUUCUCCCUCACCUUCUGUUAGCUCUUUGGGCAGUAUGUCCUCGGAUCCUUUGGAACAUUGCUCAGCAAAAUCUACUGCUUCUUCCAGUGUGCGAGGGAAUCCAGUAUUAUAUCCAAGAGAAAAGAUCAUGCCUUCUCCCAUUGCCCGAGCUCCUCCUCAGACAUUAGCAGAUUCUUUUGCUGAGCCUCACCCACGUAUGGCAUCGCGUCAUCAAGUGUCACAAGGUGUAAACAAUGACAUGAAUGUAAUUUCAUCUACUGGGCCAGCACAUAUAUCUCCGCAAUCUAGCCACAUCUCACCUGAUCACUCAACACCUCUUCCUCCACCUUUGAUCAUGAGUCCAGAUGUCUCUGUUGCACCGCAGUUUCAUGGUGAGAGAUCGCCAUCUACAUUGAACCAGGCUCAAAUGGAAUAUUUGAGGCGGCGUCAUCAGAUUCUUCAACAGCAGAUCAUGGCUCAGCAAGAAGAAUUACGCAGGGUGUCCGAACAACUUAUGUUGGUGCAAUUUACAAAUCCUAAUGUGAAUGCUGCCACUGCUCCUAAUAUGCCUCAUGAUGUCCAAUACCAAGUUCCAGACAUGCAUCCUGAUAUGGGAAACUAUGUAAAUGCUUCAUACCAAGUAGUAAGGCCAACUCAGCAGUUAAAAGUUCAGACAUCUGCUGAAAACAUUGCUAUAAAAUCCAUGGAAAAUUAUCAACGAUCCACACCCAGUACUGUAACCUCUAGGUCUUAUAUGAAUCUCGAGGCUGACAUGUGUGGUGUUGGUACUUCAAGCUCUAUGCCUAUGCUUUCUCCAGAACAAACAAAUGAAGCAAUUGCUCAAGGUUAUUCUAUGACUCACUCAAUGCAAUCCAACACAUGAAACUGACUUAUUCUUCUUAUAUACUCUCUUAAAAACUGCUCUUCACUUCAGGAGAAAGCAGGAUUUAUGUGUGCCCUCUCAUUCUAGUCGCAGGAAGGAACAGUUUUUAAAUGUUCCAUGUAUAUCAAUCAUUUUAUAUCAAAUGGUUCCCAUAUUUCGUUUAGUGUAUGAAAAGAUAUUGAAUUAGGGCUGUGUGAGCUGUCAUACUUCAUGUGGGGAAAUUCAUGAGCUGCUCUGUUUCCAUUGUAAAAAGCGUUAAGGAGCAGGUUGUUACGUUUAUUAAUUAGAAAUGAAUUGAAGCUCCAUCAUUCAGAAGUGGCUCCAAUUAUUUAAAUGGCAUUCUGUAUUGUGCCAUUUUUUAUUCAUUAUAUGACUGAAUUUUAUAAUUCAUUUUAAAUAAAAGCUUGUACCUGCUUUGGAAUAAUGUUUUUGCAGCUCAUUAUGGCAACUGGAUGGGAACCAUAUCAUACAUGCCAAAUGUUCUUUUUUUUUUUUUUUUUUAAAUCAUUUGUGAUAUUGUGAGUCAUUCACUUAGAAGGAAAUACAUUAUUCAUUUGCUCAAAUGUUGAAACAUAGUUAUUUUUUUAUUCUGUUAAAGUUUAUAAUAAGAAUAUGAACGAGCUUUCUAUCUUGACUAGCUUGUACACAAUUAUAUGUUUUACCGAUUGUCUUAAGGGUUUUUUUAUCUGUUUAUUUGUCAGUUAUUUAGCACAUUGUUUCCAACAUUUCCCUUUAUAUUUGUUGUAGAUAUUAAAUUUGUUUUUCAUAGUACAAAGCUUUAACAUUUUGGUUGUGAUUAUAUAUCAUGUAUAAUUUUAUUAUAUAUUUGUAAUUACUACAGUUAAAAUUUAGCAUUGUAUAUAUUUUACAUAUCAUUAUACUUAUAGUAAACCUUGUACAGUGUAUCAUAGAGAGAGAUCAUAAAAUAUUAACUAUGGGGAUGUGCAGUAAAUGUGUACAGUAAAAUUUUGGAGCAAGUUAUACAGUUUUCAUGAUGUUUCUGUGCAGGAAUAUUUAUUACUGCUAUUGAUAUUUUAAAGUCUAUGUGAAGUUUUACUGUAUGAUAAAUAAUUCAGAUUUCUAUUAAGUACACUCAGUCACUUGUUAUAUUUAAGAAUGUUAAAAAACAUUUUACACAAUGCAAACUUUAGAUUAUUAUUAAAAAGCUUGCAGUGUCAAGUUUCUAAUCAUUUUAUUAUUGUUGUUUGAAUUUUAAUCUUUUAUAUGUAGUUUAUUAUAAACAGUAUGUAUUUAUUGAUAGAUAGUUCUAUAAAAAUAUUAA